AUGAGAAGACGUUUCACUAGUCAAAAGAACACUAACGCAAAAGCAGAGAUUACGGUUGGUUAUAACGUAAAUGAUGAUAAAUCACGAAUUAUUCAAAAUGUUAAAGUUAAUGUUAGUCCUGAAUUAACAAGGUCAGCAACUCAACCAAAUUUAUUAACUCGUGACUUACCGAAAGAGGAGGAGGAGCAAAAUAAAGAAGAUGAACCCGGUAAAGAACCUGUUGAAAUUCCCACUUAUCCAACAUACCCAGCACCACUUGAUAACCCAUAUAAAAUAGACAUUAAUUCUGAAUUAAUGAAAAUUUACCGUGAUAUAAUAACUGAUAAUUAUGAUUCAAUAAUAAAUUUAAUUGACCAAUCCGGUUUAAUUAUUUUACCUUAUGAAUCAUUAAUUCACAUUAUUGCCAUUCUUUGUGAUGUUCAAGAUUCAGACGUGAAGAUUCAAUUUUUCAUAGAUGAUGAGGUUUCAUGCUGCGGAACAGUUGCAAAAAUAAAUCCUAUAAAGGAUAUUAGCACAAUUAAGAUAUCAAAGAACGGAACAACAACUGAACUACAUUUAACUUAUAAUGAUAUUUAUAAUAAAAUAGUUGAUGAAUAUAAAAUAUCACUUGAAAAAUUCUUUGUUAAGGCUAUUUAA